UCGCCAUCUUGACCUGACCUGUAGUUGGUCGGCAGAGAAAGACAAGGCAGAGUAACGGGAACUGGGUCGGUUUGGAAAUUAAAACUAACAGAAUAAAACACGGCCGAGCGUGGAAGCUGCGACACUCCAAACAGGCUGGGAUCCUCUGUUUCCACUUCCUGGCAUCUACAGACGGAGAAGUAGCUGGUGGAGUACUAGUACAGAAGAAGGGGUGAAAAGUGUGACAACUUUGGCUUCUGGCAACAAACUUCCUGGAAAUACUUAGAGUUCUAAGUUUAUUUAAAGCAUGGCAAACAUGUGCCCAUAUGGCCGCUUCACCCACGCCGUGGUGCGGGGCAUCCCAGAGACCUUUGGGAAGGCAGGGGGAGACAGCCGUAAGAAUGGAGAGACCUCGGUGGAGCUGGCCAAGGCUCAGCGUCAGUUCGGCUGCCUGACAGGAGCCCUGAGGCAGAAGGUGGGUCUGCAGCUGAUCGAGAUCCCCUCCGACCCCGAGCUGCCAGAGAGCUGGAGGAUAGAGGAUGUGGCCGUCAUCCAGGGAGACACUGCGCUCAUCACCAGGCCCUUUAAACAGCAGAGACGCAGCGAGGCGGAGGCGGUGAGGAAGGUGGUGUCAGAGCUGAACCUGACCGUGGUGGAGAUGGGGGCCGAGGAGGGGGACUCUGGAGGGGCGACGCUGGAGGGCAGCGACGUCCUCUUCACAGGGAGGGAGUUCUUUGUCGGCAUCUCCUCACACACCAACCACAGAGGGGCGGAGGUGCUGGCAGACACUUUCAGGGACUUUGCUGUGUCCACUGUCCCUGUGUGCGGUGGAGCCCGACUGAGAAACAUCUGCUCUAUGGGGGGGCCAAACACAAUCAUCAUCAGCAACAGUGAUGGGGCCAAGAAGACACUCCGGAUGAUGGAACAGCUGACUGAUCACCAUUAUGAAGUGCUCACUGUUCCAGAGGACUCGGCAGCAAACUGCAUCUACAUCAAAGGGCCGUCUAAACAUGACUUCCUGCUCCACCGGCCUGCAGAGGAAUGUCCUGACAGCGCCUCUGCCUUCCAGAAGCUCCAGGACUACACCCUCCUGCCUACUGCCUGCAGCGAGGCCUCCAAACUGGGAGCGUCUCUGUCCUCGCUCUGCCUCCUCGUCAACAGAAAGCACACUUAUUUCUGAAAACACACUAACCAUCAGUACAUUAGUUGUACACGUGUUCAUUGGAGCGAAGUCACAGAAACACUUUCCAGACUAACAUUCUUGUCUAUUUAUUUCUAGGGGAAAACACUGACUCACAGUAUUUGUAUGAGAUCCAAAUGUAACAUCUGCUAACUGAUUUCCAGCACAGCUGUACAAACAGCACAUCACCCUGGUUUAACCACUACAUUCAACUUGAGUCCACUGAGCAGUCAAUCAUAUUUAAUGAAACAGAAUAAAAUGUAUAAUGGAAAACCAGUCAAAUGUCUUAAAGUUCAGUUUUCCAAUACCUUGUUUUGAUAAUUAGAAUGACCUGUAUACUUACAGGUUGAAUGAGGAACCUAUAUUCAUUGUUUAAGACUUGCCGAUCCUGUGGUACAAAUACAUUUAGCCAGAUGUGACUCUACGUGCUGAAUAAUCUGUAGCUGCUAAUGGAACCAGUUUGAAUUGGUUCAGCUUUCUUGUGUGUAGAGAUGCCAAUAAAAUUAUUCUGACAAACUGUC